AUGAGAGAUAUCAUACCGGACGUGUACCAGCUCGGGAUUUCUGGUCUAUGCAGAAUCAAUGGGACGGCGGAAAAGACCUGCACAGGCCAUUUCCCCGGAGCGCUCAACCUUACAGAAGCUGUAAUCCAAGACAUCGAUAAUUUCAAGCACUGCGAACCCUGGAGAUGGAAUGAGACUUUGGAACAGGAUUGCAAAGAUCGCAUCAGAGUACAUGUUGUCGACUACAACACAGCAGAAAGUCUCGACCACUUAUUGGUCGCCUUCCUCGUCCUCUCUAUCAUCACCAACGUUGCAUCUUUCUACGUCAUAUACAGAACUGGUGCAGUACGCCACCCUUAUACCACGGCAAUUCUCGGCUUGGACAUGAUGCUCCUCUUCACAAGUUUCGCCUUGUGCUUUGUGGUGAUGAGCUACGAAGUUGGCCCGUACGUGGAACAUGUCCCACUGCAGAAAUUUUCAGAGAUAGAAAUGAUCGGUCCUGGCUUUUGGGCGUUGCUCGGGAUUCUGGUUAUGCGGAUGACGACGACUCCGAAUUUGCUCAUAGGUAUAAUCCCCUUACUGAUCCCUGUGAGCGGCGUCUUUGGUUUCCUUGUACAUAUGAAGGGUUUCUUCACUCUUGUCCGCACUGCUGUUUUGACGGAUAUAUCGAGACUGGCAACCACCUGAAGGGAUGUGAUUGAAGCACGUAAUACUAUGUGCAUGUUCGGGGCGAUGACUAUUGUCAACAGGGAGAAACGCAGCAAAACAUUCAUUUGAUGGCUUUACAAGAUGUAUAGUUUAGAGUUUCCACGUUAAAGGUUCUUCUAAUACAACC